AUGCAAGACCAGCAGGAUAUAGUCCUCGACAAAAGAUUUCGGCUAACAUUUGCAAUCCUGGCUGUGGUCUCUUUACUAGUCGCUUUAGAUGGGUCGUCGAUUUCUGUCGCGUUGCCUAUUGUCGCAAAGAAGUUGAAUGGGACGGCUAUCGAGGCCUUCUGGGUAGGGACAUCCUUUUUGCUCUGCUCUACAGUAUUCCAACCAUGCUUCGGCUCCCUUUCCAACAGUUUUGGCAGAAAGCCUCUGAUGACUCUUGCAUUGUUGUUUUUUCUUGUCGGGGCUAUUGUUGCGGGUGCAUCUAACGAAUUCAUGUACCUAAUACUUGGCCGUUCACUUCAAGGUGUAGGUGGUGGAGGAAUAGUGACUCUUAUUGAGAUAGUUAUCACUGACUUAGUUCCACUGCGACUCCGCGGUCAGUAUUUUGGUUUUAUCGCCACCAUGCUUAGCAUCGGCGCUGUCAUGGGACCAAUCUUAGGGGGAGGCUUUUCGCAGAACGUUAGCUGGAGAUGGAUAUUUUACAUUAACCUUCCCUUCGCUGGGUUGGCUCUGUUCAUGAUUCCGGUGACUCUCAAGGGCAAUCACAACAGUGCCCCACUAAAAGACAAGCUACAACGCAUCGACUAUAUUGGUGCCCUUUUAUUCAUCGCAAGUACAACAAUUUGUCUCAUGCCCAUAACGUGGGGGGGUGUCGUUUAUGCCUGGGGCGCCGUGCAGACAUUCUGUCCGUUGGUUCUUGGAGCCACUGGGGUUGCCGUGUUUGCUCUCUAUGAAGCAUACGUAGCCUCGAGCCCGAUUAUCCCUAAGGUAAUCUUCGCCUCCGCCACUGCAAUCGUCAAUUUCAUCGGCGUAGCGUCCCAUGGCCUCAUUCUUUGGUGCCUCCUGUACUACUUCCCAUUCUAUUUCGAAGCCGUCAAGGGCUACAGUCCCAUUCUAGCAGGCGUGGCCCUUCUUCCUAUCACGUUUACCGUGUCACCGAGCGCGAUUAUAGUUGGCCUGAUGAUCACCAAAACAGGGAGAUAUGCAUGGGCGAUCUGGUCUGGCUGGGCAUUGGCAUGCCUGGGCCUAGGCCUUCUCUGCCUGCUGAAGACCCACACAGGCGUUGGCGGCUGGGUUUGCUUGAUGCUUGUACCUGGGACAGGCCUGGGCUUUCUGUUCCCUGCCGUCAUCUACGCGAUCCAGGCCUCGGCGAAGCCCAAACAUCUUGCGAUGGCGGUUGCCAUGUGCAGUUUUUUUCGAUCACUGGGGCAAUGCCUCGGGGUGGCUGUAGGUGGCGUGGUGUUUCAAAAUCGAAUGCGUGCUAUUCUGGAAGGGCACCCGGUCUUAGCACCGCAUGCAGCGGAAUAUAGUAAGGAUGCCGCGGAAUUGGUGGAAAUACUUAGAGUUAUGUCGGAUGUGCCGCAGAAGGAGGCUCUCAGAGCCGCAUAUACGGAUAGCUUGCGAUAUGUGUGGAUUUUUUGUGGUGCUCUAGCGGGGGCCAGCCUACUUCUAAGUAUUCUAACAAAGGACUAUCGUUUUGAGGAGACGGAAGAGGUACAAGUCGCAGUGAGGGUCCAAUCUGAAGGCCAGACAGCCUCCUACGAGGCAAAACAUGCGAGCCAGGGUACAGAUAUAUAA